AUGGCCAGUGCUCCGGGCUUUCGAGCCAUGCAGGGGCAGCCAGGGGGCAUGGAGAAGCUGCCCGCUAAGGAGGCAUCAGAGACCAUGGACUUGGUUCAGGCAAAGCGAAGGCUGGAGCUAGGAGAAAGUGGUCACCAGUAUCUUGCCGAAGGACUAAAAACUCCAAAAGGGAAAGGCAGAGCUGCAACAAGAAGUCCGGACAGCCCAAAAACCCCAAAAUCUCCUUCAGAAAAGACUCGGUAUGAUACAUCACUUGGCCUUCUUACAAAGAAGUUCAUUCAGUUGCUGAGCCAAUCUCCUGAUGGGGUCUUAGACUUGAACAGAGCGGCAGAAGUCCUCAAGGUGCAAAAAAGGAGGAUUUACGAUAUCACCAAUGUACUGGAAGGCAUCCAUCUCAUCAAGAAAAAAUCCAAAAACAACAUUCAGUGGAUGGGCUGCAGCCUGUCAGAGGACGGCGGCAUGUUGGCACAGCGCCAAGGCCUCACAAAGGAGGUCACAGAAUUGACUCAGGAAGAGAAGAAACUGGAUGAGCUAAUCCAAAGCUGCACCCUGGACCUCAAGUUGCUAACUGAGGACUCAGAGAAUCAGAGAUUAGCUUAUGUGACAUAUCAAGACAUUCGAAAAAUUAGUGGCCUUAAAGACCAAACUGUUAUAGUUGUGAAAGCUCCUCCAGAAACAAGACUUGAAGUGCCUGACCCAGUGGAGAGUGCAUUGAUACAUUUAUCUAGUACUCAAGGACCUAUUGAAGUUUAUCUAUGCCCAGAGGAAACCGAUGCUCUCAGUCCAAUGAAAACCUAUAGUCAGGACCACAAUGGAAAUAUUUCCAAGACCAUUUCCAAAGAAGUGGCUUCUGGUAACUCAGGACAAGGUGACUGCUCAGUGAAUAUGGCAACUCUCUCUCCACUGGCUUCUCCAGCCAACCUUCUCCAGCAGACCGAGGACCAAAUUCCCUCAAACUUUGAAGGACCAUUUGUGAAUUUGCUGCCUCCUCUGCUUCAGGAAGAUUAUUUGCUGAGUCUUGGGGAUGAAGAAGGCAUCAGUGACCUUUUUGAUGCUUAUGAUUUAGAGAAGCUUCCUUCAUUGGUAGAUGAAUUUAUAUACAGCUGAUUCUCCUAAAUGAGAUGUCCAUAUUUAAAUCAUGUUUUUACUAGAAAUGGAACACCUGCCAUCAUUGAGUAGCCCCCUCCUUACUAUAAAAUAGCAUUAUUAAAUAGUCCAGGCUCCUGAACAGUGCUGAUAUUUUAA